GUUCAGACGUGUGCUCUUUGGCAUGUGAUCUAUUUUUUUUAAGGGAUAUGAUGUUUAAUAUACUAAUAUUCAUAAUAUAACAUAGCUGGCAAUUUUUUGGGGGGGUGGUUAUAUGAAGUUAAAAGUUGAAAUAGACAAGGAUUGAGGGAAAUGGACAAAAAUCACCAGACGGGGAGGGGGAGAAAAUGACCAUUUGGAUAUCAUGAAGUGUCAAACAAAUCUCUGAAGUAGGUAGUAUUAUCCCCAAUAUCAUUACAGAUUGGAAACCAAAUUGAGGGGCUGGUCCAAGGUCAAGCAUAUGUCACACAGUUGAGCUCGGACUUAAACCCAGGUCUGCCUCAUUUCAAAAUGUAUGUUCCCUGAAUAGGAUAUGACACCCUCAUAUGAAGUAGUUAAUAAAGCUUCCAUAAGAUCUAGGCUUCUCGCUAACCACUUUUGAUUUAGUAUUUUAGAAUGAAGGUUUAUAAAAAUAGCUUAAUGAGCAUUUUAAUAGGUUUCCAAAUAAUAGUAACCACAUGUUGUGAUACAAAAUGAGGGUGUUUAUUUAAAAUGCUUUAGUUUUAUAGAGGUAUAAUUUGAUUAGUGAGUCUGUACUUGUACUUUAGUCCUGUAACAGAUAAUGUUUGUUUUUCAUUUUAGUCUUGGGUACAGAUGGUAGGAGGCCUUGUGUUACAGUGGAAGAGACAGAAGCUUUGGAAUCAGAAGAUCUGGGCAGGCCCUGACUCAAUGACUAAUCAUGUUGUCAUUCUGGACAAGUCACUCCACCUCUCUGAGCUUCAGAUGCCCCUGUUGUUACACAGGGGGACCAGAUGGAGAACUUCACAAGUUUGCUCUUUGCUCUUAUUUUUUCAGUGACCCUGUAUGUAGGUGUCUGACUUACCUUUUUACCUCUCCUUUUGUUUAGCCCUGAUCUUGAAAUCAGUUUUCUUCCUGAGACCAUAUGGCAUGUGACCAUGCUUUAACAUUCUUUUCUCCUGCUUGGUCAGGUGCCUGGUGUUUUUUCACUGUACUGUACUACUUUGCUGAAAGUAAUUUGACUAACAUCAAAAGGUGGAUUUUCAGAUUUUCUACUUUAAUACUUACGAAUAAAAAUGGUUAAAAACUAGAUGUUCUGUGCUUAUAAAGUACAGGCUUAGUAAGUCAAGUUAAUGAUUAACAAAUCCUCAAGUCUCACAUCAGUUUCAUUGUCAAGUUUUAAGUACUAUGUGUUGUAAAGUUCUAUGAACUGUUUGUUUUGGGGAAAGGAGAAAUAUUAACCACAGGCAACAGGAGUAGAAAAGAAAGGAACAAAAUGUAGACUCAAAUUUGGGAUUGUGAAGAACAUGCUUAAGUAGCCAGCCUUCUUGUAUUCUUUGUCUAUAGUUGGUACUAAUCGUCUACUUAUGUAAAAUGGUCUGCUGGCUCAGAUCAAAGGGUGGUUUCCAGCCCAGGGCUCUAUCACUGAGAAGGGAUGAGGGUGAUGUUCACCACCCAUGAGCAUUCCUGACAACUCAAACAUCUAUUAUUAAGUAAUUUAUUCCACAAGCAGUUUUUAUCGUUCCUUAUGCUGGGAAUAUUGUUGUAGAUACAGGCCUCAAGGAACUCGCAGUCUAGGUUAAUGACUCUUCCCCUUCCAGCCAGUUCAUUUACUUCUGGAUAACACUGUCUCACACCAAUCUUUUGACCCUCCUCUCUCCAUUUGCAAUAUGUAUGAGUUGUAAAUUUUUCCUAUGUUUGUAAGUUUUUUUCUCUUUUUAAACAUUUUUAUUGUAACAUAUACAACAUAACAUUUCCCAUUUUAAACACUGUUGACUAUACAAUUCAGUGAUAUUAACUACAUUUGCAGUGUUGUGCUAUCAUCACCAAGUGCUUUCUGUUGAUUUGUAAUAUAUUUGAAUUGUGGAUUUUCUUCUACUUGUUUUUCAUAUGUCAUCUUUUCCCUUCUCGGUAUGUCAUGCUUUCAGAAUAUAAAACAGCUUUUCUCUAAAUAGUCAUUAAAUAAUACAAGUGUGUAAUAGUCUAAUAAAAUUCCUUAGCAGAAAUGAAAUGCCUAACCCAGAUACUUUUUCUCUUUAUUUUAUUUAUCUGUGCUUAUUUGAAAGAGUUAAGUACUAUAAUAGCUGAAGCCUAUUAGGGUUUCUCUUCUUUUUCUGUAUAAGUCUCACAUAAAGCAGAGUUUCCAGAUUGUUUUUUAUAGAGCACUGGUCUUAUUAGAGAUAAAUGGUUGUUUGGUGGGAGAGGUUCCACAGUCAAAUAAGUUUGGAAAACAUUGGAUUUAAUACAGUUAAUCAGAUUUUUAUUUUUGAUGGUAGUGGUUUUACUGUUUUCUGCAGAGCUUGUCAGAGUUUUUAAUAGUGUGCAUUGUGACUGUCCAGGAAGGAAAUACAAUGUGCAGUAUUUCCCAAUUUGUCAAGUUUAUUUGGUCACAAGAAUCCCUGCCCACCCCACCCCCCCACCUCCCCAAGAAAUACCAAUAAACAUCUAGAAGAAGGAGGGUGCUACUGGAAUACAGUUUGGGAAAUCUUCCUAUUUACAUACUUAUUGGUACAGAAUUCAAAGCAUUCAGUCUCUGAUUGAGAUAACUUUUCUUAAAUUUGAAAUCCAACUAAAGUUGGAAUAAUUUAUUUUCAGUUUUGCUAAGGAAAAGAAAGAACAUUUUAGACCAGUGGCUUUUCAAGCCUUUCUAUUUAAAAAAAAAAAAAAAAAAAUUUGGCUUCAACCUACAGUGAGAAAUUACAUUUGUGACCAGUAACCCAGCAUCUACAGACAGCACUCUCAAAACUGAAAGAGUUUCAUGAAACAAUAAGUAGGCCUUAACUAUGUAUGACGCAUUCUACUUUAUAGUCUAUUCUUUUUUUUUUAAUGCUUAUUAUGAACUAUUGCAAUAAUUCACUAUGCAAUGUGAAAAACACUGAGGUUGCAUGAAUUUAUAAACCCAUAAGAUGUUAGAAUGAGAAAAUACAGUAUACUGUUUUGUAUGUGAGAAGACUAAGUUCAGCGUGGAGAAAGAGAAGGGGCUCCAGCCUCUGAAUUCUAGGAUUCAGAUCCUGGUUGUAUGUCCUUGGGCAGGUAUUUAAUGCCCCCUCUGCCUCAGCUUUCUCAUCUAUAAAACCAUAGAACUUACACAUAAGGCAGUUGUGAAGAUUCAGUAAGAAAUACUUUUAUACAGUGAAUCUGAAAUGUGCUAAGUGCCCUAUUCAUUUUAGCUUUUUUUUUUCUUUUUAAUUACCUUAAGGUUCUCUGUGUUGUGCAAUCCCAUGGAUUUUUAAAAGUUGUAUUCUAAUAACAUAUAUACAACCUAAAAUAUCCUCCUUUAAUCACAUUCAAAUAUGUAAUUCAGUGCUGUUAAUUAUAUUCACAAUGUUGUGCUGCCUUUACCACCAUCUAUUACCACAACUUUUCCAUCAUGGCAAAUUGAGACUCUCUAUAAUUUAAGCCUUAACUCCCUCCCUACCCUUACUGCAAACUCUUUCUGAUGUACCAUACAUACUUUCAGAAACAUUUUAAGACUCUGAAUGUGUUGAAGCACCCUGUAAGUGAACCUGCAUGCUUUUAUCUGUGGCUAGAUGUAUCACUUGUAGGGGUAUCAGCCCCCUAAAAUAGUAAGUUUUAAAUUCUGAAAAGGCCCUCUUAAAGUUGUUUGGCUUCAUAGUUGCAAAUGGAUUCAUAGUUGCUGAGCUUUAGGCUAUCUUGCUGUAUAUUUUUUAAACUAGUCCCUUUUAACACUAUCUUAAAUUCAGAGUAAUCUUUCUUUUUAGUAUAUAAUUAAAUACAAAUAUGUAUAUAUUUGCACCAAUGAUUAAUUUAGAAAUCUUAUACUUUUAAUUCAGUAAAAGGAGGAUAAAAGUUGGUAUUUCCCUUUUUAUUCCCAUUUCUGCAGUUUUUAAAAAAUCCCUCCAUCCUCAGUAUUUUAUACUGCUAUUCGAGAUUUAAGAGUCUGAUCUAAGAAAAGGGACAUUUAGAGGAGAUUAACAAUGGUGGGGACCAAAUCCAAUUUGUAGGCUAGUCCCUGUUGCUGUUUACUUUACACAUUUAUUUUAUCUACUGAGGCAUGUAUGUCUUCUAGUCUUGGGUUAAAUGUUUCUUUAUUUCUUUCAUUGCCCACAUGUCCUCACUGUGGCUAGAAGUUGCUGAAAGAAGAGGUUCCAAUCAGCAUCGUUGACACAUUUCAGUAUGAAAGUAGCAUAAAAAUUAUCUGUGUAAGCGGAAGGAUUGAGGUAAAAAAAAGAGUACAUAAUCGGUAACAUAGCACGUGUAUGUUAGCUGCUAGUAUAUUUUUCUAAGACCUCUUCAUAUUUAAUCCUAUAAUAACCCUGUUUUCAUCCCCAUGUUUUCAGAUGAGUAAACAGAAAAAUAGAAGCUCAGUAGCUUGUCUAGGGUCAUAAACCUAGAAGGGGAUUCUAGAUUUGAAAGCCCAGUCCCAGAGCUUGAGCUCGUAAACUGCCAUACUCCACAUACUCUCCAGAAUGUAGCAUCCUGGAAUAUAGGAACUUUCUGUUACAGAGGCAGAUGAGGUCAAGUCUCCUGGUCAGUAUGUGUCAUAUCUCAGGGACUUAAAGAAAUUUCAUGUUACUGAGUUGCUGUUGGUGAUCUUUGAGGAGCUGUGAAGAAAGGGAACAGUGCACGAAGAUUGGAGAAGUGAAUGUAUUGUUUUCCCAAAAAAGGAAAAGGUGGAAUCUACAAAUCAUACAGACUGAACUUGAUGUUGAUUGCUGGAUAAAUUCUAGAAGGUGGUAAGUCCUUAGCUAAGUUUUGAUUUCUAGAAGCUACAAACUGUUUAUUAAAUAUUUCCUUUACUAAUAGGAUUCUGUUGAGUAAUCUUGGAUUAGGAUAUAGGUAGGAAAUGAAUAUCCGAAGGGAUUCAUAGUUUGACCCAUAUUUAAGAUUAUCUGAGAAAUGUUAAUGUGUGCAAUUUAAAUUUUAAUAUUUUCUAGAUACUUGAAAGUCAUUUUGGGAGAGCAGAGUAUGAGUUACGGCAACUGGAGCCAUGUCAGGACAGGCGUUUAGAAAGUUUCUUCCCCUCUUUGACCGAGUGUUGGUUGGAAGGAGUGCAACCGAAGCUGUAACUAAAGGAGGCAUUAUGCUUCCAGAAAAAUCUCAAGGGAAAGUAUUGCAAGCAACAGUAUUAGCUGUUGGAUCUGGAGCUAAAGGAAAGGGUGGACAGAUUGAACCAGUUAGCAUGAAAGUUGGAGAUAAAGUUUUUCUCCCAGAAUAUGGAGUCUCCAAAGUAGUUCUAGAAGAAAAGGAGUAUUUCUUAUUUAGAAAUAGUGACAUUCUUGGGAAGUAUACAGAGUGAAAUAUUCUUGAAAUGGCAUUAUGUGAAGCUGCCCAUUCCACUGAAGUUCUGAAAUCAUCCGUGAUGUAAAUAAUUUCUGUGUCUCUUACAAUAAACUGAUAAUUCAGUGUCUCUAAAAUUUAAUUUCACUGUACUGAUAUAAACAUUUCCAAAUAAAAAUAUGUAAAUUAAGUCAUUUUAAUCUGGUUUUUACAAGAUCAUUUUACUUGUGUUCAUUUUAUUAGAACAUAGCUAUCUAUGUUUUCCCAAGCCAUAUAUGGCAAAUUAGUCACAGAUACAGUGUCUUGCAUACCUGUGCCUUGCUUUCCCAAUUAGCUUAGGAGGAACUGGGAACUUUUACCAUCUCUCUGCAUGUGCACAGAGCAAAAUAAAUACUUCCUAAUUUUAUAUUGUUAAAAUCGUUCAUCCGUGCUAAGUUCAGUCAUAACCCAUCUUUUUACUCAAUAGCUAGUCUUGAUCUUGUCCCUGAAGUUACAUAAAGAGGGAGUGAUUAGAAGCUGAGUUAAUGGGAAGAGGGCUGGAUGCCUAGGAGAGCGCAGUCCUUCCUCAAGAAGCUAAAAUGUGCGGGAUGGUGAUUGGGAGGAUAACUUUCCUUUUUUUUUAAUUAAGAAAGCUCCCUCUCCCCACUUUUUAAGUUAAAUGUUGUAAGAGGAAGACGGGGAUGAGUGUGCUUCACGUAGGUUGUAUAUAGAUGUCCCAUAGGUGUCUGAAGAGAGCAAAGUUGUCUUUUAC